AUGAACGAACGAUUAAAAACAAGAAAACAACAACAAAUAGAUAAGAAUAAGAAAAUUAAAAAAAAUUUUAUUUAUUUAUAUAAUCUAUCAAAUUCAUCUAAUGAACAACUAACAUCACUUAAACGUCUUUCAAAUAAUUCAAAAUCAUAUAAAAAAAAUCGUUUAAUAGAAUUAUUUUUUCCUACUCGUUCACGUAUAAAACUUCAUCAAUCUCAAUUAUCAACAAAUAAACAAAUAAGUUCACCUUUAAAUGAACAAGUUGUUAAAUUAAAUCAGCGUGCUGUUGAUGUUAGAAAUGGUAUUGAACAAAGUCUAUCAUCAUUACAUACACAACGUUUACAAUAUUUAACAAGUUUAAAUGAAAAAACACGUGAUCUUGAAAAAGCAGCUGCAGCCUUUGAAUAUUCAUCAUCAAAACAUCUUGAACAAGAACUUAAUAAAACAAAAAAAUUAUCAUAUAUAUUUAAAAUAGCUAUUACUAUAUGUCUUACACUAUUUUCAUUAAUGAUUGGCUAUAUGAUUAUUCAGCUAAUACGAGAUAAAGGAACAGUAUAA